AUGCCACAUGGAAGCUUUUCCAUCUGCUCGACAAACGAAACCCUUGACAAUGCUGAUGGUGACGGAGGUAAUAAAGAUGUGGAUAUGAGUUAUUCAAAGGCAAGUCAAGCCAGUGAUUCUGCUUCCAGAGUCCCUUUAAUCGGUCAAGCAUUAAAUGUAGAUGAGCAGAGUCGUCGCUCUCAGCUUGUCCGCCAGUUGCUCCAGGAGGAGUCUAGUACUGCAGCCGGUCUAGAGGAGUUGUCCGGAUGCGUUGUGACUCGAUUGCCCGAGGAUCACUGGCAAUCGGCACUGGCCAGUCAUGGUACUGAUUUAUCCACUCUCAACGUGGGUCUGGAUAGCACACAGUUUAGGCCUGGUCGGCCAGUGGAGUCUCGAUUGUCUCAGAGCCGACAUAAAUCUGUAAAAAUGGCUCCUGGUAGACAGAACGAAGUGAGGCAACGUGGCGAAUCCUCUCUCAGUGACUUUCGAGUUUUCGACGCAUUAGAGGGAUCACAGCCCAAUGACAGCUUUUAUGACCAAACCCUUAAAAGGCGGUAA